AUGUCCUUCCUUCGGCAGCGCCACAGCAACGGCGCCGGGGAGCAGGAUGUCGAAGCCAAUGCUGGCGCCGAGGCCAAUCCGGCCGCGGCCAGCGGCAGCAACAGUGGUAGCCAGGAGGCCAAGAGAAACAGCCAAGAUGAAUCACAUAUCAAGUUCCCAGGCCACCUUCCAACACCACGACCCAGCACUGCUGCCGGCCGCGCCAGUGGCGAUUUGCCCGAGUAUGAGGCCCUUGACCGGUACAUCACCAAUUAUGAUGCCGAGCGUCGGGCCUCAAUGAUGAGCGUUAGUGGCUCGAGCAGGAAGCCGAAGAAGUGGUGGCAGUUCUGGAAGUCUACCCCUGAGACGAUUGAUGAGAACCCCAUCUCAGAUGAGGGAAAACCACCAGACCAUUGGUUGAAUACAGACCUCAAGCAGGGUAUUUCCAGCAGCCAGGUGGAGGAGCGCCGCAAGCGCUUCGGCUGGAACGAGCUCACCGCUGAGAAGGAGGACAUGCUCGCCAAGAUCUUUGGAUACUUCCAGGGUCCCAUUCUUUACGUUAUGGAGCUUGCUGCUCUGUUGGCCGUAGGUCUUGGUGACUGGAUCGAUUUCGGUGUCAUCUUGGGUAUUUUGGGCCUUAAUGCCUUUGUCGGUUUCUAUCAGGAGAAACAGGCUGCAGACGUCGUGGCCAGCUUGAAAGGAGACAUCGCUAUGAAGGCAAUGGUUGUUCGUGACGGCAGAGAACAGCAGAUUCUGGCCCGAGAGCUCGUACCGGGUGAUAUAGUUCUCGUACAAGAAGGGCAAACUAUCCCCGGUGAUGCUCAGCUUAUCUGUGACUACAGCAGGCCUCAGGAUUACGAUGAGUUCAUACAGCUUAGGAACGAGGAGAAGUUCGACAGUGAUCCGACUGAAGUGCCGAAUGGCAACGACAAGCCCGGCGACGAGAAAGGCAAGAACGGCGAGGAAAAGAAGGCAGAAGAGAGUGACGACGAGUCAAUUCAUUUCGGACAGCCUCUCAUUGCUUGUGAUCAGUCUGCAAUCACGGGUGAGUCGCUGGCUGUCGAUAAGUACAUGGGAGACAUUGUAUACUACACCACCGGAUGUAAGCGCGGCAAGUCAUAUGCUAUCAUCACUACCUCGGCCAGAUAUUCAUUCGUGGGCAAGACGGCGAACUUGGUCCAGGGAACGAAAGAUCGUGGCCACUUCAAAGCUGUCAUGGAUAGUAUUGGUACUACCCUACUCGUUCUCGUUAUGUUCUGGAUCUUGGUUGCUUGGAUUGGAGGCUUCUUCCACCACAUCCCUAUUGCAUCACCUGGAGUGCAGACCUUGCUUCACUACGCUUUGGUGCUCCUCAUUAUUGGUGUUCCCGUGGGUUUACCAGUCGUUACAACAACUACGCUGGCAGUUGGUGCUGCGUAUCUCGCAAAACAGAAGGCUAUUGUUCAAAAGCUUACGGCCAUCGAGUCGCUGGCAGGCGUCAACGUCUUGUGUUCCGAUAAAACUGGAACACUGACGGCUAAUAAGCUGAGUUUACGCGACCCGUACGUGGCAGAGGGCCAGGAUGUCAACUGGAUGAUGGCAGUAGCAGCCCUUGCUAGCUCUCACAACAUCGCAUCUCUCGACCCCAUAGACAAAGUGACAAUUUUGACGUUGAAAAAAUUCCCAAAGGCCCGCGAGAUUCUUCGUGAAGGCUGGAAAACCGACAAGUUCACUCCAUUCGAUCCUGUCUCAAAGCGCAUCACCACUGAAUGUCGACUUGGGAAGGACCGCUACAUCUGCGCGAAGGGAGCCCCCAAGGCGAUUUUGCAGCUGAGCAGUGUCACUGAAGCGAUUCGCACCGAAUACAACCACAAGGCGAGGGACUUCGCCCGCCGAGGAUUCCGUUCGUUGGGUGUGGCAUACAAGAAGAACGACGAAGACUGGGUCCUUCUGGGACUGUUGUCCAUGUUUGACCCGCCUCGCGAAGACACUGCCCAGACGAUUGUCGAAGCCCAAGCACUCGGCGUCCCCGUGAAGAUGCUGACAGGUGACGCGCUUGCCAUUGCCAAGGAGACUUGCAAAAUGUUAGGAUUAGGUACCAAGGUUUACAACUCGACAAAGCUGAUGCAGAGCGGCCUGUCUGGAACCGUGCAGCAUGAUCUCGUUGAGCGUGCGGAUGGUUUUGCUGAGGUCUUCCCGGAGCACAAAUACAACGUUGUAGAGAUGCUACAACAGCGAGGGUCACUUACGGCCAUGACUGGUGAUGGUGUCAACGAUGCUCCAUCCCUCAAGAAGGCAGAUUGUGGAAUCGCAGUAGAAGGUGCUUCUGAGGCUGCCCAAGCCGCAGCCGAUAUUGUGUUUUUGGCGCCUGGUCUGAGCACAAUCAUUCUGUCCAUCAAGACGUCCCGUCAGAUCUUCCAGCGUAUGAAAGCUUACGUGCAAUACCGUAUUGCCCUGUGCCUUCACCUAGAGAUUUACCUAACCACAUCCAUGGUCAUUCUGAAUGAGACUAUCCGGCCAGAUCUCAUUGUCUUCAUCGCACUGUUUGCUGAUUUGGCAACGGUGGCGGUUGCGUACGACAAUGCACACGUGGAACCCCGUCCGGUCGAGUGGCAGUUGAAGAAGAUUUGGGUCGUCAGUAUCAUUCUGGGCAUGAUACUUGCCGCCGCGACCUGGAUCGCUCGUGGCACCAUGUUCCUUCGUAGUGGAGGUAUUAUCCAACGAUUCGGUUCAAUCCAGGAGGUGCUAUUCUUGGAGGUUGCCCUCACAGAGAACUGGCUGAUCUUCGUCACGCGUGGUGGGCGGACUUGGCCAUCGUGGCAACUAGUCGGCGCCAUCCUCGGUGUUGACAUUCUAGCCACCAUCUUCUGUCUCUUCGGCUGGCUCUCUGGCAGUGGUGGUGGCGUCAUGGAGACUACGCCGCCGACCGCGUUCAACAACUCCUCGAACGGCUGGACCGACAUCGUCACUGUCGUCGUCGUUUGGGCCUACUCCAUCGGUGUCACUGUGUUCAUUGCCAUCAUCUACUUCGUCCUCCAGCGCGUUGACUGGAUCAACGACCUCGGUCGUAAGGAUCGCCACUACCGGGAUACCAGGCUGGAAAAUAUCCUCAUCCAUCUCAAUAAGUUGGCUGUCGAGCAUGAGAAGGACGCUCACACUGGUGCUGACCGCUACUUCCUGGUCGAGAAGGCGGCCGAAGAGGAGGAAGAGUAG